UUGGCUUGGUGGGGUUUUUUUUGCGAGCUGCUUGGUUUUGCCUGUAUUGCUGAUGGCUCUGGUUGUUGUCUCCCCUUCCUUGUAGCCGGGUUGCCCUUCCUCAUCAUCGAGACAAGCACAAUCCAACCCUACCAGAGGGGCUUCUACUGCGACGACGACAGCAUCAGGUACCCGCAGAAGAACGUGGAAACCAUCAACGACGCGGUGCUGUGUGCUGCGGGCAUCCUCAUCGCCAUCCUGGCGAUUAUAACGGGAGAGCUCUACCGCAUCCACUACCUGAAGGAGAAAUCCCGCUCCUUCAUCCAGAACCCCUACGUGGCAGCUCUCUACAAGCAAGUGGGCUGCUUUGUUUUCGGCUGUGCCAUCAGCCAGUCCUUCACAGACAUUGCCAAAGUGUCCGUCGGGCGCUUGCGGCCGCAUUUCCUGGCCGUUUGUGACUUGGAUUUCUCCACCAUCAACUGCGCCAAGGGAGUUUACAUCCAGAACUACACCUGCAGGGGAAAUGACAGCAGGGUGCAGGAAGCCAGGAAAUCCUUCUUCUCUGGGCACGCGUCCUUCUCCCUAUACACCAUGCUGUACUUGGUGUUCUAUCUGCAGGCCAGAUUCACGUGGAAGGGAGCCCGCCUGCUGCGUCCCCUGCUGCAGUUCACCCUCAUCAUGAUGGCGUUUUACACCGGGCUGUCCCGCGUGUCGGACCACAAGCACCACCCCACCGACGUGCUGGCAGGCUUUGCACAGGGAGCCCUGGUGGCUUACUGCGUGGUGUUUUACGUCUCAGAUCUCUUCAAGCCCAAGACAAAGACUUGCCUGCCUCCACCUCCCAUCCGGAAGGAGAUCCUUUCACCUGUGGACAUCAUUGAGAGGAAUAACCAUCACAACAUGGUGUAGAACUUCGAGGAAUCAGAUGGGCGUUGUAUCUUAAACUCUUUUUUUUUUUUUUUUGCGGAAAAAAAGUGACUGCUGA